AUGUCAGAUACCAUCGGCGAGGAGCCCUCGAGCGGCGCAACAGCGAAGGCAAGCUCAUUUACCGGCAUCGUUGCACAACCCCAACUUCCGCACAAUGAAGUUGUUACCGAACUGAAAGUCAUCAUCUGGAUCCUCAUCGGCCUGGCGUCUGUCUUCUUCACCCUCAGGAUAUACUGCAAGAAGUCUCGAGGACGCAACCUAUGGUGGGAUGAUUACAUGCUAUUGAUCUCAUGGCUCGCUAUUCUCACCUCGGGAUCCCUCAUUACCGUCGCAGCUGGAUAUGGCUUCGGGAAACACAUUUACGAUUUCCCCAACGCCACUUUUGCGGAUCUUCUCUUUACUCUUAACUUAUCCGGCAGCUUCUCCACCCUCUCGGCGGCAUGGAGCAAGACGAGCUUCGCCUUUACGCUGCUCCGUAUCUCGGACAGUGGCCGCGUCCGCAAGUUCAUCUGGUUCGUCAUCAUCUCCGUGAACGUGACGAUGCACACCGCCGCCAUCCUCAUGUGGCUCCAGUGCACCCCCGUGGCGAGGACCUCGAAUCCUUGGAUCGAGGGAACCUGCUGGAACAAGUGGGUUAUUGUCAUUUUCAAUAGCGUCGUUUCCGCAUAUUCCGGUAUGGCCGACAUUUCUCUUGCCGUGCUCCCUUGGAAGAUUAUCCGCCGGAACACCAUGAACUACAAGGAGAGAAUUGGAAUGCUGGUGUGCAUGAGCAUGGGUGUUUUUGCCGGACUCACGUCUCUCGCCAAGACACCCACCUUCCCUGCCAUGGCCGACUCAGAUAUGAUUAAUACCGUGCCUCUCGUUAUUCUCGGCGUUGCCGAGUGCGCCGUGACCAUCAUGGCAGCUUCGAUCCCCGUUCUCCGUGCCCUACUCCGAGUCAACCGGCUCCCCAACGCGUCGGAAAUUACUCAAGGCCGUAUCCCUACCCCGACGACCGGCUCAACGCUCGGCUGGCAAGACGAGGAGGCCUUCGCCAAGGAGCUGGAAAGUUAUAGCCCAGUCAAGAUCUCGAUGUCGAGGACACCUACUAGUACAACGGGCAGGUCCUGGAGGAUCUAA